AUGGCUAUUAUGCAGUCCUGUUGCUGCUGGCGAUCCGUCAGGAGGGGUAGUUUCGCUUGCGCUAUUUAUUCGGGGAUUUACUUCACCGUGUUGGCGCUAACCACCGGCAAAGUGCUCCAGGGGGAGAGUCAAUAUCUGAGGGGGAAUCGUUCCUUGCCAGAAUCCACCAGCUUCCUCGAACCGGACACCAUAUCCCCAACGACUGUACGGAUUAACGUGACCCUGCUUCUCUGCUCGUGUUGCGGCGUGAUUUGCAGCGUCCUGCUUCUCUAUGGCCUCUUCAAGGAUCAACGUGUGUUCCUGAUACCAUGGAUCAUCGUCGUCAUUACGACCUGCUUCGUCGACGUGGCGCAUUCCUUGUACCUGGUCGUCGCUGUCUCCACUUUCGACCCGACGAAAGUGAUGCUGUAUACGCUGAACUUCUUCCUUCUCUGCCUGAACAUAUAUUCGCUGUUGUGCGUGAUCUCCCAAUAUCAAGAGUAUUUGGCCGGUCAUGGGACCGCCGCGGACGACUACGAAUACAGGGUCAGUAUUCUGAGAGUCUCUCAGCGGAAACAGGAACGGGAUAAGGGACGAAAAGUUCCAGCAGUGAGGUACGCGACCCAGCCGCCAACAACGACCGCCACGUCCUGCUUGAGCUCCCGGCGAGCAGCGACCAACAACGAAACCAAAGCGACCGCAACACCGACACAGAGUCCUACGGCGGGUCUGAACGCUCAUUCUUUGGAGAAAAGUCCGGUCUCGGGCCGGCCAACGAGGAAGCACGUGCAGUUCCCCGAUACAGCCUCGGACGAUCAGAAGGGAAAGUCUGAGAGCUCAACUACCAUGUUGAUACCGAGAAAGGACACCGAGUCCACGAAUCUGCUGCCAUCGUCGCCGCUGAGGCUCGAGGAUCCGAGCACCAUUGAUCAAUCCCAAAAGAAUAGUCUGAUCCGUCACACCUGAA